UGACGCAGCUGCCCGUUGGAUUGGGCAUUGAAAUCAAAAAGCAGUUAGUUUCACACCUCAGUUGGCCGCCGCCAGCAGCUGGCCAGGAUGCGGCUGCCAUAUCGCAAUAAGAAAAUCACCCUUUGGGUGCUUUUUGGCAUAAUUGUCGUCACAAUGUUCCUAUUCAAAUUCACCGAACUGCGGCCCACCUGUCUCUUCAAGCUGGACCCCACUAACGAUUUGCCAUCACAAAUGAUGCGUGUAGAGAAAUACGUCACAGAUGACAAUCAACGCUCCUAUUCAUACAACCGUGAGAUGCCAUUAAUAUUCAUAGGUGGCGUGCCCAGGUCUGGCACGACAUUAAUGCGCGCCAUGUUGGAUGCUCAUCCCGAUGUGCGCUGCGGGCAGGAGACGCGCGUCAUUCCGCGCAUUCUACAGCUGCGCUCGCACUGGCUAAAGUCCGAAAAGGAGUCGCUGCGCCUGCAGGAGGCGGGCAUCACCAAGGAGGUCAUGAACAGUGCCAUCGCCCAAUUCUGCUUGGAAAUCAUUGCGAAGCAUGGUGAACCGGCGCCGCGCUUAUGUAACAAGGAUCCGCUGACUCUCAAAAUGGGCUCCUAUGUAAUCGAGCUAUUUCCCAAUGCCAAAUUCCUAUUCAUGGUGCGGGACGGACGUGCAACGGUUCAUUCGAUUAUAUCCCGCAAGGUGACAAUCACCGGAUUCGAUUUGAGCAGCUAUCGCCAGUGCAUGCAGAAAUGGAAUCACGCCAUCGAGCUAAUGCACGAACAGUGCCGCGACAUUGGCAAGGAUCGAUGCAUGAUGGUUUACUAUGAGCAGCUGGUGCUGCAUCCGGAGGAGUGGAUGCGCAAGAUUUUAAAGUUCUUGGACGUGCCGUGGAACAGUGCGGUGCUGCAUCACGAGGAGUUCAUCAACAAGCCGAACGGUGUGCCGCUGUCCAAAGUGGAGCGGUCAUCAGACCAGGUCAUCAAGCCGGUCAAUCUUGAGGCGCUGUCCAAGUGGGUGGGCCAUAUACCCGGCGAUGUGGUGCGCGACAUGGCCGACAUUGCGCCCAUGCUCUCCGUGCUGGGCUACGAUCCGUAUGCGAAUCCGCCGGACUACGGUAAGCCAGAUGCAUGGGUGCAGGACAAUACAUCUAAGCUAAAAGCCAAUCGAGUGCUCUGGGAAAAUAAGGCGAAGGAGGUGCUGCAGAUGGACACGGAUGAUAAUAAUAGCAACAAUAAUAAUAAUAACAACAACAACAACAAAAACAAUAAUAAUGAAAAUAAUAAUAAUAAUAAUAAAAUAAUGACAGAGCAACAGCAGGCGAAUCAGGAACUGCAACAGGAGCAGGAACAGCAAAAGCCAAAGGAUGUCAUCACGAUAAAGCAGCUGCCGUCAAACUUCAACAGCAACAAAAACAACAACAACAACAACAACAAUAAUAAUAACAACAAUGGCAAGCAAUAUGUCGGCGCACUUGAGGACACAUGAUAUCCGCAUAUACCCAUAAGAUUGCCGCGCGGCAAGCAUUGAGCUGACGACAACACACAGUAACAACAUCAACAACAACAACAUCUGCAACAUCAGCAGCAGCAACAGCAACAGCAACAAUGCGCAUGGCAUCAAAUGUUGGCAAACCAAUUUCAAAUUGUAUUAUACCAAGUAAACGCAUAUGCAUAUGCAGAUAUAUAUAUAUACAUACAUGUAUAUAUGUAUGCAUACAGCUGCGCACGAGUGUGCAUGUGUGUGUGUGUCUGUGUGUAAUGCGUUCAAGCGAUUUAAAGACACAUUUGCCGCAUCGAAGACACAAUUUUUAUACAUACAUAUAUACAUAAUAUUGAUGUAAACAUAAUUUAAACAUGUUUAGCAAAUACCACCAAAA